GAUUAUGAGAACUACGCAACAAUGGUGUUUGGCUACUUCGCCAAUAUCAUUAGCCUUUUCUUAGGCAUGUUCUAAUUGUUCCUUGAUGAACACAUGGAGCUCGACGCAGCCGUGAGUCAUCUAGAGGAGGACCUACGUCAGGCGUGCGAGGAUCGCCCUGCGAUGUGUAACACUGUGUGGGACUUUGAGGGCGAGAGUCUCACGAGGACCUGCCUGGAGUACUUGAUCAUGGGUUCCGCUGGAAGGGAGGAACUCGCUGCUCAGAAGAGGGUUUAUAUCCUGUCGCUGGAGGAGGAAAUCACCCGUGUGAUGAUGACCUCCACCUGGGAUAUAUUAUUCCCUCUGGUUGGCGUACUUAUAUUCAGCCUCGUGGGUGUUGUGGCCGGGUGGAGGCUCUACCGAUGGCUGCGGACCAGACGUGGGGAGCCUGCGAAGGAGACCCAGUAAGUCGCCCACGAGCCCGAGGAGGUGACCCAGUAAGUCGCCUACGAGCCCGAGGAGGUGACCCAGUAAGUCGCCUACGAGCCCGAGGAGGUGACCCAGAAGUCGACGAGCCCGAGGAGGUG